AGGGGAGGAAAUAGCCUGGAGAUGGAGAUUUGAGAAUCAUCUGUGCUUAGAGGGAAAUGAACAGAAAUCUCUCAGGGAGAGAGAACGUGUGGACUGAGAGAAGAGGCCCAGGAACACAGCUACUCAAGGUGGCAGCGCCGCUUCCCGGUGGGCACCACUACCUGGGCUCUGGAGUCAGGCAGAGCCGCUCUUGAAAGCAGCCUGUGGGACUCAGCUGCUGAGCGCUCCUGGCAAAGUCGGGUACCGUCCCCGUGAUCAGCGGUCACACCUGGCAAUGACGUACCUCGCAGAGGGAUGCUGUGCGAGGACCUGAGAUGCGCCAGGUCUGUCUGUCUGUCCCCAGCACUCUGCAAGGCUAGAAAAGGAGGAGGAACCUGUUCAGAAUUCCUGCAGGACAAGGAAAAGAAGGGAAAAAAUCUCAACAUGGAAAAACUCUACAAUGAAAAUGAAGGAAAGCUGGAAAUCGAGGGAACGCCAGAAGAUGAAGUAGAGCCUGAAGAUGAAGGAAAAUCAGAUGAGGAAGAAAAGCUGGAAGUGGAGGGGAAGCCAGGGCAUGAGGGAAAGCUCCAGAAUAAGGGACAGCCAGAUGAUGAGGGACAACCAGAAGAUGAGGGAAAGCAAGAAAAGCAGGGCAAGUCCGAAAAUGAGGGAAAACCACACGGUGAGGGCAAGCCAGAAUCCCUGGCAAAGCCUGAGAGUGAGCCACGGGCUGCCGAGAAGCGCCCAGCUGAAGAUUACGUGCCCAGGAAAGCAAAAAGAAAAACAGACAGGGGGACAGAUGAUUCCCCCAAGGACUAUCAGGAGGACUUACAGGAAAGGCACUUGGGCAGUGAGGAGAUGAUGAGAGAAUGUGGAGAUAUGUCAAGGGCUCAGGAAGAGCUAAGGAAAAAACAGAAAAUGGGUGGUUUUCAUUGGAUGCAAAGAGAUGUACAGGAUCCGUUUGCCCCAAGGGGGCAACGGGGUGUCAGGGGGGUGAGGGGUGGAGGUAGGGGCCAAAGAGGCUUACAUGAUAUCCCAUAUCUUUAAUGCCUUUGGCCUUCAAUUUUGUUUUCUCUGAUGAGAAUAUUGCUGCCGCUGCUUUCCCUGGCAGGCAUUUGCCAGGCUAUGUGCUCUAACCUUAAGCUGAUAUUUUGUUUUAGGUGUCACUCUUGUUACCAGCAGCCUUUUGAUCCAACUAUAAUGCUCUCUGCCUUUCAGUAGGGAAUUUUCAUCCAUGUGCAUGGAAAAGAUGUUCAUGGUACAUUCCAAAAUAACAAUAAAGAUAAAACCACUUUCAGAACCCCAUAUGCAGUAUCAGCCCAUU